AUGACUUACGAAAUGUCUUUACGAUAUACAAUUUAUUUUAUAUUAAUAUUUUUAUUAAAAGUAUGUGAAGCGAAAAAUAAGAGUUAUCACAACUCUACCAUGGCGUACGUAAGAUUUGAAGAUCCCGAACGACCCUCACUCGCAUACCCGACUUCUUUGGGAUUUCUCUUUAUAUUUUCGACGUUGCUUACCGGUGUUGUGAUAAGGUCUAUAAUGCUGUGUACCGGUCUGUGCGUUCCCUAUAGGGUCAUCAUGUUCAGUAUCGGUGGUAUAAUUGGCUUCUGUGCAAAUAAAUACCCAAAUUUCAAGCCGUUCGUUCAAGUUUGUUAUAUGGACGUUGAUUUGCUGCUACUGUCUUACCUGCCGAUUAUGGUUUUUCAUACUUCCUACUCCGUGGAUUCACACUCGUUCUGGAGAAGUUUCCCCCAAAUUUUGCUGGUAGGUGUUCCUGGGGCGUUGUUGACGGCUCUCAUGGUGGCAUUCAUGGCGUAUUAUUUAAUAGAAUCUUCAUGGAAUUUUGCUACAGCCUUCCUUUUCGGAGUGAUUUCAUCUCCUAUUCAUCCUAUGGAGGUUGUUAAACAGUUGAAAGAGAUGUCUAAAGGCAAAUAUAUAAGCGUUCUUUUGUGUGGGGAAGGUUUGAUUGGUGAUGCAACAGCUAUCAUAGAAUUUACGGCGGUCUUUGGUUAUUUAUCGCUUGCUUUGACCUCAGCGUCACAUAUAUCCUUGAUGCUGCUAAGAUUUGCUGGUGGAGGCUUAUUACUUGGAAUCAUUAUGGGUAAAAUAACUGCUACGCUUCUAUCUCUUACGUAUUAUGACGUUCUUUGUGUGGUGACUGUGACCAUGGCUGGUGCUUAUCUGACUUAUUACAUCGGUGAAAAGUUUUUCUACGUGUCCGGCUUACUCGGGACAGUGAUCAAUGGAGUGCUGGUCAGUCAGAGUAAAUCUACAGUUGCGGGUGAGGUAGAGCAAGUCGUUGCACAUUUUUGGAACAUUCUAUCAUAUGUAGCCAAUAGUUUGGUGUUCACGAUUGUCGGGGUGGUUAUUUUUGAGAAAGUUAGUUAUGUGAUCAGUGUUAGACAAGUUGCUAUGAUAUUCGUUACAUAUACAACGGUUUACUUCGCGAGGUUAAUAGUGUAUACGUGUAUGACUCCUAUUUUGAGAAACAUAGGUUAUGGGAUAUCUUGGCAGCAUUCCUUGGCUUGUGUUUGGGGUGGGCUAAGAGGACCUUUAUCUUUGUGUCUGGCGUUGAUAGUACUUCAAACACCAGCUGUGGCUGAUGCUGGGGAAAUAUUUAUAAUUCAAACUGCGGGACUAGUAGUACUAUCUUUGAUGAUAAACGCGACGUCUAUGAAAAGGGUGUUAAAAAUCCUAGGCCUGGCUGAAAUAUCGUUGGCGAAGAAGGCAAAUAUGACGAACUGUGUAAAGAGGAUUAUGUUGACUAGAGAUAGAUGUAUAUCGAUGCUUAAGAUGGACAAGUUUUUGGCUGAUGCUAAUUGGGACUUAGUACAAGCAGGGACUACGAUAAAACAUCCGUACCAGAUUCAAAUGUCUCGUGAUGAUGAUAGUGAUGAUGAGACCUACAUGGGCUAUCACUACACAACAUGUCCUGACUGUGAACGGGAGAUACCUAAUGAACCGACCAAAAAAGAAUUUACUGAAAUGAUGAGAGAAGCAAAUCAACGAGUAUUAAAAGCAAUGAAGAUUUCUUACUGGCGUCAAUAUGAACAUGGGAAAAUAAGUAAAGACGGGGUGAGAACCCUCGUGCAGGCUGUGGAAGUAGCGGCUGAUGCUGAAGAUGGAAGGAUUAAUUUAGAUCAGUUGGGAAACUUGUGGAAACCAAAGGCCCAUGCAAUUUGGCUCCGUAAGAAGCUAGUGGACAUGAUGAUGCCUGAACCAGCCAAUGCUUUGGUUCCCCGUCAUCCGUGGAGACAGUGGUGCUACAAGGUCAUCUCCAACGUUUGGUUCGACGCGUGUAUAUACAUCAUGAUACUCUGUAACACGCCCGUCAUCUUGUGCGAGGUGAUGGUGAAGACUCCUGUCUCCAUGAAAGUGGUUUACACCAUAAAAUCCAUGAAUUUAUUUUUCUACUUCGUCUAUCUUUUGGAGAUGAUUGUCAAAAUGUUAGGACUCUCUGUGAAGGGUUACUUCAAGUCUCAUUGGAAUAAAUUGGAUUUCAUCAUUCUUGUGAUGGCUACUGGCGAUCUUAUUCUAGACAUAAUAGAUGCCCUUACGACUUGGAACAAGUGGAACAAUUUUAAUUCAAGUUUCUUAACAGCUACAAAGCUUUUAAGAAUGCUGCGUUUUCUAAGACUUUGCAAGUUGGCCAGAGUAUCCGUACCCAAAGUAAUGUCGUACAUAGAUCGAAUGAUUGAUUUGCAGCUAGCUUACGGCUACGAUGUUGGCAAAGGUUUUGUAACCGGUGAGCAAGAAGUAUGUAACCUCCUUCCACAAUUGGUCGACAAUCGUCAGAUACAGGAGACUUUGUACAAUAGACUUGAAGCAGAUAGAUUAGCGGUUACAAGACAACUAGGUUUACUACAGCGCGACAGACCCUGGACAGCCAUUACUGUGAAGACGAAGCAGGCGACCACCUCCACUUUAAAUAUAAUGUUGCUAGACGCGAUGCAACUCAAAGAAGAAGGUUUUCUAGAUGAAGUGGAGUAUCAGUUAUUAGUGAAUGCGAUACAAGAGAAAGUCCAGUUGUGUCGACACAAAGGAAGUUUAGUAGCGCCAUCAUUGCCAGAAACUCAACUGCGAGCCGUAUCCUGGCUUCAGGGAAACGAAAGGGUCGCUGAUUAUUUUCUAGAAAAUUCAGGGAUUAUUAAUUACAACAUCAACGACAUAUUAAUAACACGAGGUGACCAGCCGAAAGGCAUCUAUAUAUUAGUGUCUGGUCUCUGCGAAGCGAACUACAUCCCUCCGGAAGAUGACUUAGAUGAAGCCAUACCUAACUACGAAUAUAUAACCGAUUUGAAAUUCUCCGAACCAAGCAAGGAUUAUAUAGUAUCUGGGAACGCGAUUGGAAUUUUAGGGGCCCUCACUAACCGUCCGUACAACUACACCGUCCGUUGCGACUCGGCAGUCCAAGCCUACUACAUCACUAUGGCCACGGUCAAAGAAGCUUUUAAUCUGGCACCUCAUCCUAUUAUGGGUUUAGAAGCUGCCAUGUGGAGGGAGAUCGGUAUAAAGCUGACAAUGAUGAUAUUACCCACCGUGCCGGCCUACCACGGCUGGUCGGUCGAAAAAAUAAGUAUGAGGCUGGAGCACGCGUUCGUGCCUUGCUUGAAGGCUUUUAAGAUCUUCGUAGUGAAUGAGCUCAUGGAAGACGUCAUCUUAUUGGAUGGAGUCUGUCAGGAUAUGUCCACACGGGAAGUGUUCCAGCCACCCAGUUAUAUACCCAGGACUGCCCAUCGAUUGAUAUUUCCGAAGUCAUCCCAACUGAUAGUGAGCGGCUCCUGUCCAGAAACGAAGCUCCUGAUAGUUCCCGCUAAGGAUAUAGACGAGUUGGAUAUUAUGGAAGACGAAAUAGACGACCUACAGUGUGAACUGGUUUCAAAUGUAUCAUCUCGUUGUUUGUACCAUAAAGUUGUCCACAAGUUGUCCAGCGAGUCUCGUGGUAAAAGCGCGCUUCGAGCGAGGGCCAAGAGACGCAGAAGAAGGGUCAAUUAUAAGGAAAGCGUUUGGGGGAACAAGAUGUCCAGCGCUACGGUAGCCGCUCCGUCAUUGACUCACAGUGAGAGAGAGAUUAACUCCAAGUACUACAAGCCGAGUUUGGUCGAUGUGAAUUUAACGUCAGAUACAAUGGUUCCCCGCGCAUCGCUCAGAGACCAUCUCUACAUGCACAGAUGUCAGAAGAAGAGGUAA